GGCCCAGGCUCGGGCCCGGGGCUCCCGCGCGCUCCCGGUGCCGCGGGAACGCGCCGGCACCACCCCCGGCCCGUGUCACGUGACUCCCCCCGCACCCGUGUCACGUGGGCGUGCCCGGCGGUUCCCGGAAGUGCGUCACGGGCUCGGGCCUGUCUCCGUUGUCGGCCCGCUCGGAACUUCGGCGCGGCACAAACAGACCGGAGCGGCGGGCGGGGCCGUUUUUAAUACGUGCCACAUACUGAAGACCCCUGAUUGUAUGUUGGGAGCUCUGACAAGCCCAUGCCUUUGGCAGUAAGCAUUGUAGCAGCUGUGAUGAGGCCAUUACUUCCUUGCCAGAGAGUUUGACCACAGAGAGUCGCCAAGAUAGCUGGGCCAGGAAGAAAACGUCGCACCCCUGACCCAGACUCCAUUACCGACCCCGGCGGGCUGUUUGUGUCCUCCAAACGGCUGAAAAUGUCCAGCAGCACAAAUGCCCCUGGCCAGAGGAGAGCGUCUCGGGGCUUGGAUGAUGCCACCAACAAGAAGAAGCAAAAGGAUCGAGCCAAUCAGGAAAGCAAGGAAGAGCUGCUGCUGGACUGGAAGCAGAAUGCCGAUGAGAUCAUUAUCAAGUUGAAUUUGGGCACUGGAGCUCUGAAGGCAGAGGAUGUACAUGCUGAUUUCACUGACACGGACUGUGUGGUCAAACUACCAGACGGGCGCCAGUGGAGCUGUCAGUUCUAUGAGGAGAUCGAGGGCUCCUGCAGCAAGAUCCAGUGCAAGAAGGGCAACUUUCUACAGCUUGUGCUGCAGAAGAAGAUCCCACUCCAUAACUGGUCUUCACUUCUGAAGAAAAGGAAAGACGGAUCCAAAGAAGUGGCCAAAGGGGCUGCGUGCUGGGAGAACGGGAAGGAGAAGGCUGCUUCUGCAGAGCUGACCCCUGAAGAGCCGAGGGCUGAAGGCACAGAGCCACCAAGAUCCCGGCGGGAGCCCUCCAACCCCAAGCGUGCUCCAGGAAGAAGCGAGGUCCUGGGAGGGAAAAGCCCAGCCAGCCCAGGGACACAGAGUGGCCCCAGUGCCAAGCGGGCAGUGUACCUCAAAGUAGCUCCCACGGAAGAGGAGCCGAACGCCAGGGUCAGCGGGAGCACAGAGCCCAGCAAGGGGCACGGGGCGAGGGCCGGCAGCCGCCGCAACGGCAGAGCCAGCCAGGCUGAUGCACCUGCGGCCCUUGCGGACCUUGCGCUGCCACUCGAGAAGGCUGUGGUUUUGGCCAAAGAGACGGUUCCCGUGGAGAUGCCACCUCUCGCAGCUACCACAGAGGUGCUCCCCCACCGUGUUGCCACCUGUGUUGAGAAGAGAGUCCUGCAGCCAGGCAGCCCUACUGAGGCCUUGCGGAGCCGGGACUGCCUGCCCGUCCUGGGAGAGAGCUCGAAGGCUAUCCCAGUGGCCACCCUUCCCAUGGGCAGGGAUGGUGAGAAGAGGGACUGGUCCAAGGACGACGUGGCUCUGGAAGCAGCAGCUGAUGAGCCAGAGCCUUUUGUAAGCCUGACCUUUGUCAAGAAUGACUCAUACGAGAAGGGCAAUGAUCUGGUGGUGGUGCAUGUCUACGUGAAGGAGAUCCACAAGGAGACGUCCAAGGUGUUGUUCCGGGAACAAGACUUCACACUAGUGUUCCAGACGAGUGAUAUGAACUUCCUUCGUCUCCAUCCUGGCUGUGGGCCCCACACGGUGUUCCGGUGGCAGGUGAAGCUCAGGAACCUUAUUGAGCCGGACCAGUGCACGUACAACUUCACGGUGUCUCGCAUCGAUGUCUGCCUGAAGAAACGCCAGAGCCAGCUCUGGGGGGGGCUGGAGGCUCCAGCCACACGAGGUGCAGUGGGUGGUGCAAAGGUUGCCAUGCCUACAGGCCCUACCCCUCUGGAUAAGAACCCUCCGGGCAGUAACCAGCACCCCCUCUCCAGCAAGGAAGAGGCCCGAACCAGCGACAAAGAGAAGCCACGUGUGGAAGAUGGGGCUCUGGAUGGUGUGGCAGCCCGUACGGCCCCAGAGCACUUGGCAGUGAAGCAAGAGCCACACAUUCCUUCGCCCAAACCAACAUGUAUGGUGCCACCGAUGACACACAGCCCGGUGAGUGCCGAGAGUGUGGAGGACGACGAGGAUGAGGAUGAGAAGAAGAAGGUCUGCCUGCCUGGCUUCACAGGUCUGGUGAACCUGGGCAACACCUGCUUCAUGAACAGCGUCAUCCAGUCCCUGUCCAACACACGGGAGCUGCGUGACUACUUCCAUGAUCGGUCCUUUGAGUCAGAAAUCAACUAUAACAACCCACUGGGGACAGGUGGACGCCUGGCCAUCGGCUUUGCCAUGCUGCUCAGAGCACUGUGGAAGGGCACACACCAUGCCUUCCAGCCCUCUAAACUGAAGGCAAUUGUGGCCAGCAAGGCCAGCCAGUUCACUGGCUAUGCCCAGCAUGAUGCUCAGGAGUUCAUGGCCUUCCUGCUUGAUGGCCUUCAUGAGGACCUCAACCGCAUCCAGAACAAGCCCUACACAGAAACUGUUGACUCUGAUGGGAGGCCUGAUGAGGUGGUAGCUGAGGAGGCUUGGCAACGACACAAGAUGAGGAAUGACUCGUUCAUAGUAGACCUCUUCCAGGGCCAGUACAAAUCCAAGCUCGUCUGCCCGAUGUGCUCCAAGGUGUCUAUUACCUUUGACCCCUUCCUGUACCUCCCCGUGCCCCUCCCACAGAAGCAAAAGGUGCUGACUGUCUACUACUUUGCAAAGGAGCCACACAAGAAACCCAUCAAGUUCCUCGUGAGUAUCAGCAAGGAGAACUCCAGUGCCAUGGAGGUGCUUGACUCAGUUGCCCACAGUGUGCGUGUGAAACCAGAGAACCUGCGCCUGGCAGAGGUGAUCAAGAAUCACUUCCACCGCAUGUUCCUGCCCUCUAACUCACUAGACACAGUCUCGCCAACGGACCUGCUGCUGUGCUUUGAGGUGCUGUCCCCAGAGCUGGCCAAGGAGCGUGUGGUGGAGCUUCAGGUCCAGCAGCGUCCACAGGUGCCCAGUGGCCCUGUUGCCAAGUGUGCAGCCUGCCAGAAGAAGCAGCUGCCAGAGGAUGAGAAGCUCAAACGCUGCACGAGGUGCUAUCGAGUUGGUUACUGCAACGUGGCGUGUCAGAAAACACACUGGCCAGACCACAAGGCUUCGUGCCGUCCUGAGAACAUCGGUUUCCCCUUCCUCAUCAGCGUGCCCGAGUCCCGCCUCACCUAUGCCCGCCUGGCCCAGCUGCUGGAGGGCUACGCCAGGUACUCAGUCAGCGUGUUCCAGCCUCCGUUCCAGUUGGGCCGGAUGUCACCGGAGCAGGGGCUGCAGCCUCUGCACUCGGACAAGCUGGAGCCCCUGGCCAAGAGCAGCUGUGCAGCAGCCACCUCUGCCCCCGAGCUGGGUGAUGGGGACAGGGUUUCCAGCCUCCCUCAGGAGCCCCCGCUCUCCCCAGCUGUGCCUGAGCUACAGCCAGAGAUGGGGGAUACUACCACUGUCCGGAGCAAGGUCCUGACAGCGAGGAGUUCCCUCUUGAGCUUGGAUUCAGGGUUCUCUGAGCACAUGGAGUCGCAGGGUGACAGCUGUUGUGAGAAGGAGCCGUCCUAUGAGAGAGCCCUCAAGCCAGAAGCUGCCAUCCCUGGGUACCAACACACUCCAGACUUACUGAGUGCCCGCGCCACACAGUUCUACAUCACUAAGAUCGAUGCUGCCAACCGAGAGCACAAGCUGGAAGAUAAAGGUGACACCCCCCUGGAUCUGACAGACGACUGCUCCCUUGCCCUGGUAUGGAAGAACAAUGAGCGCCUCAAGGAAUUCGUGUUAGUAGAAUCCAAGGAGUUGGAGUGUGUGGAGGAUCCAGGCUCAGCCAGCGAAGCAGCCCGGGCUGGCCACUUUACCCUGGAGCAGUGCCUCAAUCUCUUCACGAAGCCUGAAGUCCUGGCCCCAGAGGAAGCGUGGUACUGCCCCAAGUGCAAGCAGCACCGUGAGGCUUCCAAGCAGCUGAUGCUGUGGCGGCUGCCCAACGUCCUCAUCAUCCAGCUCAAGCGCUUCUCCUUCCGCAGCUUUAUUUGGAGGGACAAGAUCAAUGACAUGGUGGACUUUCCUGUCCGGAGUCUGGACCUGAGCAAGUUCUGCAUUGGUCGGAAAGGUGAGCAGCAGCUGCCUAUGUAUGACCUGUAUGCUGUGAUCAACCACUAUGGAGGCAUGAUUGGAGGACACUACACAGCGUACGCCCGCCUGCCCAAUGACAAGAACAGCCAGCGCAGCGACGUGGGCUGGCGGCUCUUUGACGACAGCACAGUCACCACAGUGGAUGAGAGCCAGGUGGUGACCAGAUACGCCUAUGUCCUCUUCUACCGCCGGAGGAACUCUCCUGUGGAGAGACCUCUGCCAGGGCAUCCCUCAGACCACCGCACCGAGCGCACCCCCUCUGCCGAAGCUGCUGCCAGCCAGGCUUCUCUGAUCUGGCAGGAACUGGAGGCUGAAGAACAAGAGCUGCAGCUUGAGGCACCCCAAAGGCCUGCAAGAAACUCUUGGAGGCCCUGUGGCCAGAAGCGAAGUCCGGGCACCCCCCAGCACCCAGAUGAAGGCUGCGUCAGAUACUUUGUCCUGGCCACCACAGCUGCAAUUGUGGCUCUCUUCCUGAACGUCUUCUACCCACUCAUUUACCAGCCCCGCUGGAGAUAGGCCCAGGCACGUGGCCAGCUGCGGGAGCGGGGCCGCCAGGGCACGCGCCGUCCUAGGACGCUCUGAGACCAAGACAUGAGGCAGCAGGACAGAAAUCGCUGGGAAAGACUCGCCAAGGGAAACAUGGGGCUGUCGGCUCCUGUCUGUCUGCUCUGGCAUCUCCUGUGCCAGCUGGCAGGCCUGUGUGGCCAGCCUGCUACUUUGCCAAGGCACAGCCCAGAACCAGAAGCUCCUUUGCCCUUCCUUGCUGCCCACUGGGAGUGGGCCAGGCCUCAAGGCUACCUGCUGCUCGAGAAGGGACUUUGCUGCUGCAGCGUUGCUGGGGCCUGAGAGCCCUGUGGGCACAUCAACCAUCUCUGCUUGGCUCCCAAGAAGGAAGUGGAGACCUGCCGGGAGGCUGCAGUAAGGGCAGGAUGCCCUGACACGGGCCCUGGCUGGCCACCUCUCUCAGCUGUGCUGCUGUAGGAGCCUUGAACUCCCCUGUGGCUGGGGCUACCCACGGUCCUUGGCCAGCCCAGUCUGCCCUGCUAGCCUGCUGCUGAGCCUUCUGGUGCCAGUUGCCUGUGUGCUGGGAGUGUGUGUGCCGCACUCCUGUGCUGGGGCUGGAUGGGCUUGUCACCAAGGGCUUGUGUGCUUCCCUGCCCAGUCCCAGACAGUGCUGGGGAGCCUGGCAAUCCAGACUGAGGUGCCCAUGAUGAGCACCUGUCUCUGUGGGUCACUGCCUCCCACCAGUCCGUGGGGCUGUGUGCUGGCAGCA